GCGCGAAUUGAACGCUUCGACGGAUCUGUCUUGAAUUAUCAAUUCCCGAUACAAAUGCGGUUUUCCAUCCAUUUGGCGUCCGCAGUGCCUCGGACAGACAUGUGUAAAGUCAUCCUGAGAUUGGCGAAUAUCGCCGAUUAGAAGUUAUUAUUUAAGGUGACAUCGUGCUUCCGAAACCCAUUUUGAGACAACAACAGUAGAACAGCGCUGAUUGAUAAGCACAUUAUAUUUGCAUAUCUAUUAUUUCCUGUUAUUAACACCUGCGAGUCGUGCUCGUGGCAUUGUUACCACUUGUCGAGGUAGUGUGUAAAUGAGCAAAGUUCCGAGUGUGUUUACCAAAACGAAUAACUUCACCAUCUUUAUGGGGGGACCAAAACAGAGCAGUUUGAUCUCGCAACAUGAAGAGGUGUAUUAAAGUGACAGUCUUUUUCCAAGUCCUGUUGUCGAUGGUAUGUGAAGUUGCACUGGAUUCAUUGCCUACCUGUUCCGAAGACCACAAAUGCCCUAACUCGCAAACAUGUUGCGGUAACGUUUGCGUCGGAGUUUGCAAAAUUGAGUGUCAAGAACAGGCGGAUUGCGAUAACUUGGCAGACAACCUCGGAUGCAUCAAUGGAUUCUGUGAGUGUCUUCAGUCGUUACCUUGUUUCAACAGAUCAAUGUCUCAUAACGAUUUUGAGUCAAGUCGGCGUUGUGUAACAGAUUUUGAAUGUUCGAAACCUGCCAAAUGUCGCAACGGAAGCUGCGUAACAAAUAAUAAACCCUCAAAAUUGAACCCGGCACUAUUGGCAAUUGUAACAAUCAUCGGCGUGCUCAUAUUCUCUUGCCUUUUCUGCUGUUGUUUGAGCAGAAUGAAAAGUGAAAGGCAUUCUAUGAAAACACGAGUUGCCAAAGGCAAAUUAAAGAGAGUUCACCACCUUGGCGAAGACGCCGAUAGCGCGGCAAAAAACGCUUUGGUAGGUGCUGAAAGUGAGGCUUUCCCGGUCAAAGAAGGGAAAGAUUCAAAAGAACUUGAUGCAGAAGACGAAGCUUUAAUUUCUAUUAUAACCGGCGGACCUGCUUUGGCUCCAAUUCGCGAGGAAGACGAAGAAGACGACGAAGCAGAGAAGGCUUAGAAAACGACGUGAAAACAGCUGUGUUUACCUGGCUGGUGGAAAUAAUUAUUGCGCCGUCAAAAAGAGCUGAAAACUCACUUGAUUAGUUGCCUUCAACGGCGAAACGCGAUUAACGUCGAUGGAAAGCAAUAAACCGAGAAAAUCUAGAGUUUCAGGCAUGAAAAGCUCGUAACAAUCAUAUUUCCGUGCGAAUUAGCACGUUAUUGAUUAAAACUCACACUGUUGGUUAAUAACGCAGCUUUUUUUUUGUGCCUGUGGUUCUCGAGGAUGGUUUCGAUAAAAAUCAACGUACGCAAAGGUAGAUAUUGCAUGUUAUUAUGCCGUGUUUUUUAAUCAAUUUCCAAACCACGAAGCUCUUAAAUCUGCGAUUUAAACCUGCGGUUAUCAUUUGAAGUAAGAGUCGGCCGUUUAGCGCAACACAGAAGUGAAACUUGUCGAAAUCAUUAAUCUUCAUCUAUUUUUAUAUUUUCAUUUGGUUUACAAACUAGAACUUUCUUUUGACAUGAUAAUGAAUUAGGCGACUGAUAAGUCCAGCGUUAUCGCACGCAGCCUCGGAAAAGAUUAUAAAACUAGUAUAGAUAAAUAAAUUGGUGAACAUGCCAAGACUGCCAAGUUUUGUUGCUUAUACCAUCAGCUGUUACAGAAAGGAAAAUAAUGAAAGAGAAAUUGGGAAUAAUUUAUCACGGACGCGCCAACAGAUUAGAGUUUCCAUUUCAAUAAUAAUACAGGUGUCCUAAAAAGAAAAUGAAAAUGCCUUACAACUUGAUCAAAUCAGGUUAUAAAAGAAAAGUAUUAUAACGACGAAAGCGUGUACGAUUUCUUCAAAGGCAGACUCCAGAAUCUGCAUACAAGUAAUAAAUUCGAAACUCGGUAACCGGAGCUUAGAUCCCUGUUUGAGUUCAGUAGAUUGCUGGUUACGACCGAUUUAAAUUAAAAGCAUCGCUUUAGAAAAAAUUUAGUUGUUUUUCAGAAAUGUAUUUCUAUAUUCGCUCGUAAGGGGCCAAUAUUUCGCCUCUAAUAUAAGUACAUAUUACGCCAUGAAGCUUAGCUCAGUAUGCCACAGAUGAAGUCAUAAAUUUCUCAAAAUUAUAUUUGUAUGACAAUGAAUAAAAUUUUCAUCUUGAGCAUUUUAAAAAAUAUCUAGUGAUUAUUUAGCGCUGUUGUGACAAAACGUAAACAAUGUAGCUCUAAAAACACUCCAGAAAUGUAUAAUCGUAUUUAGAGCCGGUUAGAAGAGGAAAGAUGUCUUUUGGCGUUGAUCUUGGUUUAAGAGUCUGCUAACCACAGAACCACAGAAAAUCUUCAGUUUUCAGUUUGCUCAGGCCGGCAAACUAGGAGGCGAAGGCUGUGAAUGAGUUUUUCAGAUCUCAAGAGUCCCAAUUAAAUAAUUGAUCCGACUAAACACAGUAUUUCAGCUUGCGUGAUGCCAUGCUGCUUAUUACGGCCCAACUUGGAGAGUUACCAAUCCGUGUUUAGUCGCGCACGUUUCUCCCGAAUGUUUUUGCCAAAAUUAAUGCGUGGGUUUCUAGAUGCACUCCAAAUUUAUAUAGUGUCUGGGUUAGUUCGCGCGCGUGUAGCGGAAUGAUCCGUGGACUCACGAUUUGCCAUAAUCACGUCUACUUGCAGUUUCUUGAGUCAUGAAGGAUGCUUACAAACGGAUUAGUCAUAUUCGCCAUCACCAUUGACAUGGUUGAAAUAGGUUUUAUUUCAUACAUACUGAGAUUUACACAUCAAUAAAAAGCCCGCGUAAAAUUCGUACGAAAUAUCCAACCAACCAAUCAGAACAGCGAGCAACUAUGAAAAUACAUCGUUCGUCCAAUCAAAGACACGAAUGAUAGU